AGUCGGAGUGUUUUCCUUUGUUGUCCGCCACUUACGCAAAAUUAGUGUUUUUGCUGGCUGCGAGCAGUUUAUACUUGACUGCAAGAGGACGAUAUUUGCAUAUAGCAUUUGUAGGGUACAGCGGGGUCUCCUAGUAAGGAGUCAUUAACAGAGCUGUUUUUGGUCUCUUGCUAGACCAUCACGAGAGAGCGUGAGCUGGGCUCGGUCGGCGCCGCCGUCAUGUCCCAAUCCAUAACUUCAACCUCCCUACCACGCGCAAUGUCUUUCCGAAACUACGGCCUCCUUCGCGGGUACAGAGGCCAAACAACACGGCCUUUUGUACCCCUCCACCGGCACAUGUGGACCAACUCGCAAUAUACCCGUCGGCCGCGAUGGCAACAUUGGCAGCACAGAAAUACCCGACAUGAACAACGGAGAAGCAUAUUUGGAGCAGCGAGGGCAACGUUUUCCUUGUUGCGUAUGACGGUUGCGGCUGCUUCUGCGGGUGGGGGUAUGGUGGCGGUGAUGGGGUACAAGUUGAACGAAUUACAAAAAGAAUAUGUCCCAGACUGGAUGAAAGAUGCCUUUUCAAAGGCCAACGAUUUUGUAUCAAGUAUCGACCUUAGUAAUAUCGAGAUCCCCGAAAUCCGACUCCCAGAUAUCGACGUUGACUUAUCAAAGUUUAAAUUACCCGAUAUACUCCCACAGACACCUCCCGCACUUCCAGGCAUGGAAAAAGCUGCUGAGAAGUUUGAUGAACUGACGACUGCGGCGUUGGGUGGGGACCCGAUUGGAACGAUACCGACAGAGUUGGAUGUUAUGAAGGCCGUGCAGCAUCAGGCAACGCAGACUAAACCAAUGAGCACCAUGACUCCGCCUGAUGAAGAUUUGAUGGUGUUGACCAAGAAGCUGAUUGAAGUCCGGAAUUUGUUAAAGACAGUGGAUAAUAAUGCAAAGAUGACAUUACCUAGUAUUGUGGUGAUUGGAUCGCAGAGUUCGGGUAAAAGUUCUGUGUUGGAGGCUAUUGUUGGUCAUGAAUUUUUGCCAAAGGGUACGAAUAUGGUAACACGACGACCCAUUGAGCUCACGCUCAUUCACACACCAAACUCGGCUGAAGAGUACGCAGAGUUUCCUCAGCUGGGAUUAGGAAAAGUUCGCGAUUUCACUCAGGUGCAAAAGACCCUAACGGAUCUAAACAUGGCCGUAUCCGACGCAGAAUGCGUCUCAAACAAUCCGAUCGAACUCCGUGUGUAUUCUGCCAAUGUACCUGAUCUCACCCUUGUCGACCUCCCAGGUUACAUCCAAAUCCACAAUCGAAAUCAACCCGCCAUUCUCAAAGAGAAAAUUGCCGACCUGUGCGAAUCCUACAUUCGCGAGCCUAAUAUCAUUCUGGCUGUAUGCGCCGCCGAUGUCGAUUUAGCCAACUCUGAAGCACUUCGAGCGAGUCGCAAAGUGGAUCCCAGAGGGCAACGUACAAUCGGUGUCGUCACAAAGAUGGAUUUAGUCGAGCAGGACACGGGUGUGGGGAUUUUGACCAACAAGGAUUACCCCCUCCAACUGGGCUACGUUGGAGUAGUGUGCAAAUCAUCUGGGUCUGGAAUGAAUUCUCAGGCGUUGAUACGUUCCGAAGACGCUUUUUUCAAUUCUCAGCCCUCAUACCGGUCCAAAAAGGUCAUGGUGGGGACUGCGACACUGAGACGGAGACUCAUGCAAGUACUUGAGGACCACAUGGGACGAUCCCUGCACAGCAUUUCAGAUGCCGUACAAUCCGAAUUGGAUGAAGCUCGGUACCAGUUCAAAGUCCAUUACAAUGAUCGAAAGAUUAGUGCAGAGAGCUACGCCCUUGAAUCGAUUGAUGCGUUGAAACAGCGCUUCAAGGAAUUUGCAAAGCAGUUUGGAAAGCCCCAAGUUAGGGAAGAAGUUCGCACGAUGCUCGAACAGCGGUUACUGGACAUUUGCUCAGACAUGUACUGGAGUGACCCUAGGAUUGGUAACCUACCCCGCCUAUGCCUUGUGGAUCCCUAUUGGCCCACCCGGCUUGACAUGAGCUCGGGGGCGUUAACCAAGAGUGGCGUUGGACGGGCAUCAGUCCAACUUGUGGUGGACGUCCUCAUGCGGAAUAUGGAGCGACUCACUUCCACUGAACCAUGGGUCCAUCAUUCGGAGGGGCGUCGCAAAGUCAUGGAAUUCACCAAUGAUCUCCUCCGCACAAAGUUCCAUACUGCAGUAGACCAAGUCGAAAACACCAUCAAGCCAUACAAGUUUGAAGUUGAAUGCUCGGAACUCGAAUGGCAGGAGGGCCAAAAGCGGGCUGUGGCAUUACUGGAAAAGCAAAUGGCAGAUGCAACUAGAGGAUUACAAGGCAUCAAAUCGACGGUUGGACGUCGUAAAUUGCGAAAUGCCAUUAAAUAUGUCCAGAAAGCUGACAAGGAUGCUGAACUCCGUAAACAAUCCUCUAGCGAUGCCAAGCCGCUUGAUGAAGCUCCACCACCGGAAUCCCUUGACUCGGAUCACCCCGCCUACAAUGUUAAACUCAUGGAACGCGCCCGCGAGGCCCUCAACCUCCAAUCCCGCGUCGCCCUGCUCCAACACCGCAUCAGCGCCGUCCGAUCCCGCCAAUGCAGCACCUCAGAUAACAAGGCUUGCUGCCCCGAAGUCUUUUUAUCCGUCGUCGCCGAUAAACUGACUUACACGGCCGUCAUGUUCAUCUGGGUCGAACUCUUGAAUGAAUUCUUUUUCCAACUCCCCCGCGAGAUUGAUAAUCGUUUAUACUAUGAUUUGACUCGGAAUGAAAUUAUGGAAUUUGCCAAGCAGAAUCCUAUUGUUGCCAAACAUUUGGAGGUUCAGGAAAAGAAGUUUACGUUGGAGGUUGUUAUGGAGAAAUUGAGAGAGUUGCAGAAAAAGCGUUGAGUGUGUGACAUGGUGUUUUUUGGGGGGUGAUUGGAGGAUCAUCAUUCGUUUUUUUUUUUGUUUCUACACACUGUAUCUAUGCUUUUAUCUUUAUAUUUUUUUUGUGUCGUUGUUUCGUUUGGUGGUGAUUAUAAGGGUAGAUUUGGAUAAAACAUUACAAUUUUCUUUUCAACUGGA